ACAUCAGCAAAAUGGCUGCCGUUUUAAGGAAAGUAUCUUGGAGUGGUCUUUUAUCUAAUAAUGCUCGCCACUACCUCUCCGCAGCAUCAAGAAAUCUGUCAAAAGUAGACACUGUCACUCAUACUGGACAAGUAUUUGAAAACGAUGACUACAAGCGAGUCAGAUUUACCAACAGAAUGAAAACUGUGAACGAGCAAUUUGCAAUUGAUUUAAUCAAUGAAGAAGCACCAAUUGAAGUAGAUGGUAGAGUUGUUUGGUGUGAUGGGGGCGGUGGUCCACUAGGUCAUCCAAAGGUUUUUAUCAACUUAGAUAGAGAUGGUGUUCACAUUUGUGGUUACUGUGGCUUGCGAUAUGUCAUGAAGCGUAAAGACCAUUGAAUAAGUGUUGUUGAACUUGAGAGGAAUAUUUUGUAUAUACAUAUUAUGUAGUUCAAUGAAAGUUAAAUAAAAUUGCUUCAUUUA